AUUACUAUAAAUCAUAUAAUUUCAUUUGAUUCGUAGAAAUUUGUAUGAAAGAUUACAUGAGAGUUCGCUGUUUAGUUCUUUUGAACGCUAAACUAACGAGCUUAUUGUCUUGGAGAAUUGAAACCAUCGCGCGAUACAGAGUUUUAAUGCAGACAUUGUUGUAAUAUAGCAAUAUCAACGUGCCUCACCGGCUCCUAAAAGUUGAAUACUCUGCUUCAAGGGUUUUCUCUUGGUACUCUGACUACCUGACUGAGAGUCUGAGAAAAAGUGAAAUUCACAAUGGAUGCUGAAAACAGUAAGGAUGGCAAGGAAUCAAUCCCUGCUCCCAACCAGAGCAGCAAUGAUGAUAGUGCUGCAUCAGUUGAAAGUGAUUCAAAUAUGACAUCUUCGGUAGAACCAGUUAUGGCGACCUCAGAAGAGCAAAAUAUGUCAUCCUCAGUAGAACCAGUUAUGUCAUCCUCAGUAGAACCAAUUAUGACGUCCUCAGAAGAACAAAAUAUGGCAUCCCCACCAGAACCAGUUAUAGCGUCCUCAGUAGAAGCAGUUAUGGCAUCCUCAGUGGAACCACUUAUGACAUACUCAGAAGAACCAGUUAUAUCCUCAGUAGAACCAGUUAUAGUGUCCUCAGUACAAGCAGUUAUGGCAUCCUCAGAAGAACCAGUUAUGGCAUCCUCAGUACAACCAGUUAUGGCUUCCUUAGGAGAGACAGAUAUGGCAUCCACAGAAGAAUCAGUUACAGUAUCCUCAUUUGAACCAGGCAUAGUACCCCUAGUAGAGCCAGGUACUAUCAACGAUGUUGGUGGUGUAACUGACCAAAAUGAUGGAACAAAUACUAACCAAACCAUUGACUUAGCACCAGUUGUGAAUAAAGAACAUGAAUCUGGCCAAAUCACCACACCGGAUGAAAGUGAUAACAAUAUGUGUAAGCAAAAUGAUAGGGAGGCAAAUGUUGUGGAUGAAAACAAGGCUGUUGUGGUUAAAAUUGAGAAGGAUGAUGAUCACAACAAUGAUAAUAAUGAUGACAGUAGAGAAGGAGUUAAAACCUAUUCUGGUUACGUUCCAAUAUCCCAAGAAAUGUUUGAUUGGGAACCACCAACAUCUUUGGAUAACCAGAACAAGUCUACUCCCCCACCUGACACCAACCAAGGGCAAAGUCAUGAUGGCAAUCCUGAUAGAAACAUGUUUGCCAGAAAGCCUGUUGAUGGCUUGGUGUACACCGAGGUUGGAGAGAAAGCUCGACCGACGCCCUAUAUUUAUGAGAUAAAGGCGAGAAAGUUUGAAAAGAGAAGGAAAAAUAAGCUCUUUGUUGGUGGACUUGUGUUUGAAGCUACAAAGGAGUUUCUUUAUGACCUUUUUGAGAAAUAUGGAGAGCUAGAGGAUGCAUGUAUUGUAACAGAACGAGGAACAGGCAACUCACGUGGGUUUGGGUAUGUGACCUUUGUUAAUCAAGAUGAAGCUGAGGAGGCAAUAAAAGCCAUAGAUGGACUGCGGAUCCAUGGCAAGACUCUCUGUGUAGAAUUUGCAGAUGACCCCAAGAGCUCCCCUGGCAGAGGGCCUUCAGGACGCAGCCGAGGACCCUCUGGUCGUGGUCGGGGUCGUGGCUAUGGCAGAUACUAUGACAUGGACAGGUACCCCAACGAAGAUCCAUACUAUUAUGACGAAAGACCUGACCCAUACUACAGACAUUCAAGGGAUGAUCCAUAUUAUGACUAUCCCUCUCCUAGAGAUUUUUACCGCCCCCCACCUCGUGACUACGACCGUCCCCCACCUCGUGACUACGACCGUCCCCCUUCUCGUGACUACGACCGUCCCUCUUCUCGUGACUACGACCGCCCCCCUCCACGAGAUUAUGGCCGACCACCACCACGAGAUUACGAUCGCCCACCUCCUCGUAGCUACGACCGACCUCCUCCCCGUGACUAUGAGCGCCCACCUCCGCGAGACUAUUAUCGUCCACCUCCCAGAGAUUAUUAUGAUACACCCGCCUAUGAUCAUCCUCCUCCCCGCGACUAUGGUGACUACAGAAGGCCACCUGCCUCAUACGAUGAAGAUUACCCCCCUGCGCCUAGACGCGAAGACAGGUUGAGAGAUGUAGACGUUGCUCGAUUACGUGUGGACAGGGAGAAAGUGCGUCGUGAAAAGUACACCAGCGUGGAUCAACAAAGAUUGCUGACCAGACAGAAAAAGAAGCAACCGUCGUCGUCAUCUAGUAGUUCUGAAAGUUCAGAUUCCGAAGCAACCAAAGCGAAAACAAGAAAAAGGCAUAGAGUUAUCCCGAAGGCGUACAUGAUAACGGUUUUAAGGCGAAAUUUACGGUCGAGAAUGUCCCAAAGGAAUAAACUGUUUGUUGGGGGGCUUAGCCAAAAUGUCACGCAAGAUACUCUGUAUGAGACGUUCGAUAAAUACGGAAAAAUCGAGGAUGCCUGCAUCGUCAUGGACAGGGAGUCAGGAAACUCUCGUGGGUUUGGUUAUGUGACAUUUGCAGACCCUGCUGCUGCUGAAGCUGCGAAAAGUGGACUACAAGGAUGUCCUAUUGAUAACAAGGACAUUAACAUUGAAUAUGCAAAUCCCAAAGAUCCUGCCAGGGAAGCAGCUAAACGAAAUGACCGCCAUGGUGGUGGUGGUGGUGGUGGAGGAGGAGGUGGUUAUAGCCGUGGUGGCAGAGGAGGUGGUCGAGGUUACGGUGGUGGUGGAGGUGGUGGUUAUGGUCGUGGUGGAGGUGGUGGUGGUUAUGGUGGUAGGGGCGGUCCAAGAGGUGGACGUGGUGGUCCUAGAGGUGGAGGAAGAGGAGGACCUCCAAGGGGAAGAGGUGGGCCUCCCAGAGGUCGUGGGGGACCAGAUAGACGUGGGCCACCACCCCCUCGUGGGUACAAUGAUGGUUAUGGUGAUGAUCGGGGAUAUGGUGGAGGUGAUGGUUAUGGUGGCAGAGAUGGCUAUGAUGGUGGGUAUGGUGGUGGUGGAGGAUAUGAUGCACCACCUCCUAGGCGUGAUGGUGGUGGCUAUGGUGAUAGAGAUCGAGGUUAUGGUGGGGGUAGUGGUGGUGGUGGUGGCGGUGACCGAUAUCAGAGGAAUGACCAAGGUUAUGGUGGUGGUGGUGGAGGAAGUGAUGGCUAUGGUCAGUCAACAGACAGAUAUGGUGGCCCUCCAUCUGGCGGUCAGCAAGGAGGCAGGCAAUCCUACGGUCAAGGACAAGGCCGUGAUUGGUGAGAGAUGCCGUCCUUCGGAAAUCCGGAUUUAAUCAGUGUAAUAUAGCCGAUAUAGUCGUAUGAUAGCCAACCAAGAGCUCCGUGUCGUGGUCAUUCGUCGAACAAUAAUUUUACUUGUCCUCGUUGAAAGUUUAAAAGCGGCGAGACUAUACAUUUAUCCGGCAAUAGAACCGCAGUAGCUGCAUCAUCCAGAAUAGCGAAGCACUCAUUCGAAAAUCAGAUGGUUUUUGUAUAAAUAAUUCCUAGAAAAUGUUUGCGUUUUUGACAGCUUAGUAAUAUCGAUAAUUCUGAGAACUUCGCCGGUAUCUGUUUUAAUAAAAUGUGAUUUUUAAAACUUCAA